AUGUCUACCAAAGUCGCGCGCGACAAUGAGUCCAUGUCAUCCAAGGAAUCAUGGGACGCUAUAACUUCUCAUGGUUCUGACGAUGACACCAAGGAGGAGACGCCGUUACUUGUCGAUGAUACCAACACAUCAAAGACCAGUCACAAGACAUCCUCCAAGGACUCUGUACCAAAUCAUGUCAAAGACCAGAAGGAGAGACGGUCAGAACCAAAGGACGCUGCGAAAACAAAAUCAAUGGCGAACAAGAGCAGAGGAUAUGUUGCCGCAAAUGACAGAACUGCACAGACGGCGAAUACUGUUGAGAAACCCAUGGCAAAUUCAGAAGUUGAACCGCUCUCCAUGAACGAGACUACGGGAGGAUGGUCCUUGGAUUACCCUCAGUGGUUCUUCGACUCAGCUAUCACACUCCGUGAGGAGAUGCAAGCGCCACAAAGCCUUGCCCUGUCUAAUGAGCCUAGUCGAACCAACAAAAGCUCAUCUUCAAAGUUUGUGUUGGACGAAGAUGCGUACGAGCAAGCAUUGGACAUCGUCUCUAGCCUGACCAAACCCCCUGUGACUGGUAUUUCCAAGAAAAUUCCCGCUUCUUGGUACUCCUCGGCAUCCUUCCUUGUGCAAUCACCCGAGCCAGACAGCCUCGGUUUCCUGAACACCGUUGUCCAGCGUCUAGCCAAGGAUGUCAACGCCGACCUCCUCGACCUUAGCCCAGGCCCUCUUGAAGAUAUCCUGCACUAUUGGUUCCACUCUGUGCGAGAGAACCAAGAAAUCUUCCUAACGCCAGCCGAGUAUCUGAGCACGGAGAAAGGCUUCCCUCGCAUGAGCCACUUCAAGCGCGCAUUUGCCGACCGGAUCCUUCACACCUCAGACCGCAAGUACAUCGUGGAUAGGCUCCUGACGGCACGAUCAUGGAAGCGCAAUGCCCGUGGCCAAGCAUAUGAGCCCCGACCGCUCAUAGUCCUCUUGCCAGACGUUACAGCGUACACGGUGAGGUACUGUUUCGAAAGCGAGGAGUUCCUGGGCCUACUUUAUGACGAGGUCAAACGACGGCGGCAGGAAUGUGGGACGCCAACGCUCAUCAUCGGCACGGCGCCUUCGAGCCGCACGCACGACGAGUACUUCCCGCAGAGCGAUAUGGGUCGCGAGGGCAUCAGUCACGUCCACAAGGUGUUGCACCUAGAUCCGUCGCUCAUCAUCGAGGUCGCCCCACGUCAGUGGUGGUUUAUGCCGCGCCCUCUAGGAACACAGGUCAACAGGAUCGACUGGUGGAACCGGCUGCGCCUCUCACUACGCCAUGAGCUGAACACGGCCUCUCCCGACUUUCUGGGCGUGGACAUGCUCGACCACGGUGCGCAUCCGCCGCUGCCAGGCAUCAAGGCCUUCCUCACCCACCCGGCUUGGACCGGUGAGAUGACCAUCAAGGCCUUUCGGCAGAUCGUCGCCCGCGCCCGGCGCAAGGAGCGGUUGGAUGCUGAAGACAUGCUCGCGGUGCUGGCCCGCGUGGCCAAGAACGAUGCGCCCUUCACCUUUGGCGGCUGGAAUGACUCACCAAUGCAUUUUGCUAAUGCGGUCAGAAAGUUCCUUGAGAGUGUUCCAGGCGAAUUUUGGACAAUGUUAAUGAGCGUGGCGGUGUUUGUACUCCUUUGGAUCUUCUUCUAUUAUCUCGUUGUGUACUUUUCUUGA